GGGAUCUAAAAGGAGAAAAAGGAGAUCAAACUCUCAAAACUGCUGAAGCAUCCUGAGUUAUACAAGCAUUUAUUUGUUCCCUUCUACUUCCUCAGCAAGAGUAGGGAGUCAGGGAGGAGAAAUGUGAGAAAGCUAAGAAGAAAAUAAGCUUCACACAAAAGAAAGCAAUAGUGGUGAGGGGAUAAAAAGAAUAGGAAGUGAGACACUGGUGGGAAAGAGAGAAGGUUUUUAGCUUAAAUGUCUUUGAAAAUAGACAUCAAUUGGGAAAGGAGCACCAAUUGUAAAUGGGCUAAGGUCGAUAAGCUUCACUUACCCCUAAGAUUUUGAAUGUCUGUUAUGCUUAUUACUUUCUACCUGGUUGUCUAUUUUGUAGUAUUAUGCCUGUAAAUAUUAUUUCAUUAUUAGAAGUAUACUUUUUGUCUUGGUUCAAAUUUUAUUUCUUCUUCACCUCUCUUAAAAGGAAACUUUAGACUGCUCACUAAAUUUCCCCCUUUCAAGCCCUGCGUUCUAUUCCUCCUGUAUUUUGGGGGAUGGAAUAAUGAAAUGUAUGAAACAGAGGCUGUAAUCAAAAAUUUAGUUUUCAAAUAUGCUUUUAGUUUUCAAUAUCUGGGGGAGGAUAAGAAGGUAGCUGUUUCACGGAUACUUGGGACGUUCCAGAUAGAUGCGCGAUGUCUGUAACUGUCCACGUCUCUUAAUCUGUGCCAAUAUCCGUAUGGCUCCGCGGAGCAAGCCAGUGACUGAGAAGCAGUUUGCUGAGGCCCAGGUCUGGGGCUCCGGCUACCCUACUUCCGGCCCCGCCUCCUCUCCCGCGGUUGCUAGGAGACGUGAUGUCACCGGAAGCGAGGCCUGGGAUAGGCUGAGGCGGGGGAAGCCUCUCCCCCACCCCGCGCCGCGCUACCUAAGCGCCGGGCUCUGGCUCGCCAGCUGUUUGUAGGCCUGGGUAAAGGGUGAGGGUCCGCAGAGGGUAGGGCCGCCCGCGGCUCCGUCCGCGCUCUCACUGGACGAAGCGUUCGCCGUCUUCCGCCGCCCCUGCCUUCUGUCCAAGACCGGCCGCUGGGCGGGAGAGUCCGGGGCGGCUGCCCGUGCUUCUGACUGACAAGCAGUGUUCCCACAGUCCGCGCUGCCCGCCACGUCCCCGGGUCUCGGCCGGCGGCUCUGCGCGGCGCCUGACCUCUCCGAGCCCGGCGCGAUGACAGCGCCCCGCUCCCGGCUGGCCCGGCUUCCUCCGCGCCGCCGGCCGGGACUCGUGCCGUUCCCGCCGCCGCUGCUGUUGCUGCUGCUGCUGGCGGCCGCGGGGCCGGCGCACGGCUGGGAGAGCGGAGACCUGGAGUUAUUUGACUUGGUGGAGGAGGUGCAGCUCAACUUCUACCAGUUCCUCGGGGUGCAGCAGGAUGCUUCAUCUGCAGACAUUAGAAAAGCAUAUCGUAAGCUUUCACUAACUCUGCAUCCAGACAAGAAUAAAGAUGAAAAUGCAGAAACUCAAUUUAGACAAUUGGUGGCCAUUUAUGAAGUUUUAAAGGAUGAUGAACGAAGGCAGAGGUAUGAUGAUAUUCUGAUCAAUGGACUUCCAGAUUGGCGACAGCCUGUAUUCUACUACAGGCGGGUGAGGAAAAUGAGCAAUGCUGAGCUGGCAUUACUUUUGUUCAUUAUUCUCACAGUGGGUCAUUAUGCUGUGGUUUGGUCAAUCUACCUGGAAAAACAACUGGAUGAACUGCUCAGUAGAAAAAAGAGAGAAAAGAAAAAAAAGACAGGCGGCAAGACUGUGGAUGUAUCAAAACUUGGUGCUUCAGAAAAAAAUGAAAGAUUACUGGUGAAACCGCAGUGGCAUGAUUUGCUUCCCUGCAAGCUGGGAAUUUGGUUUUGCCUUACCCUAAAAGCAUUGCCUCAUCUAAUCCAGGAUGCUGGGCAGUUUUAUGCUAAAUAUAAAGAAACGAGAUUGAAGGAAAAGGAAGAUGAAUUGACAAGAGCUGAACUUGAAACCCUUCAAAAACAGAAGAAAGUUAAAAUAAAAAAACCCAAACCUGAAUUUCCUGUAUAUACGCCUUUAGAAAGCACAUAUAUUCAAUCUUAUGAUCAUGGAACUUCUAUAGAAGAAAUUGAGGAACAGAUGGAUGACUGGUUAGAAAACAGGAACAGAACACAGAAAAAACAGGCACCUGAAUGGACAGAAGAGGACCUCAGCCAGCUGACAAGAAGUAUGGUGAAGUUCCCAGGAGGGACCCCAGGUCGAUGGGAAAAGAUUGCCCACGAAUUGGGUCGAUCCGUGACAGAUGUGACAACCAAAGCCAAGCAACUGAAGGAUUCAGUUACUUGUUCCCCAGGGAUGGUCAGGCUCUCGGAACUCAAAUCCACAGCUCAGAGCCCCAGGCCCACCAGGCCCACCGCAGCCUUGCAGGACAGCAUCAUCACCCAGCGGGAAGAGGCCCAGUCAGCCACGGAGGAGGAGGAGGAGGAAGCGGCCGAGCUGGGGGCAGAGGCCGCGGAGGAGAGCCGGCUGCGGAGGCGGAGGCCGGCCCGGCCCCUCGAGCCGGAGGAGCGGGUCCGGGGGAAGAGGCAGAAAGACUUCGACCUGUCAGAGCAGCGCGAGUCCAGUGACGAUGAGAGCCAGCAGAGAGAGCGCGCGCGAGCUGCAGAGGAGCCCUGGACUCAGAACCAACAGAAGCUUCUGGAACUAGCGUUACAGCAGUACCCGAGGGGAUCCUCUGACCGCUGGGACAAGAUAGCCAAGUGUGUCCCGUCCAAGAGCAAGGAAGACUGUAUCGCUAGAUACAAGCUGCUGGUUGAACUGGUUCAAAAGAAAAAACAAGCUAGAAGCUGAAUCCUCUGGAAGAUGUUGUUUACCUCCAUUUUCCAAAAGGAUUUUUUUUUAAAUCUUAUGCAGAAAUUUACAUUUUGUACCUCAGUAUUUCUAUACGUCAUGUGCCUUAGUGAAAAAAAAAAUUAAAAAUUUAAAAUAAA